AUGUCGCAUAAACUGCAUUUUGUUUCAUCAGCCUGAUGGGGAUGAACCGAGUGAACAAGUCCAGAUGGAGACUUUCUGUAGCCCCAGUUCCUGGACUCAUUCUGCUGAUGAUUCAUGGUCCUCGUCUCCAAUCUAUGGAGAAAGUGGGAAGGAUGUGGAGCAACCUCAGAAGCAGAUGUCAAACCCUCUUUAACACCAGUGGCUCAGAAGCAGGUGUAUGGAAUAUGGACAUGGAUCGCAUCCACUGUGUGGUGGACAUAGGUGCACCUUCUCAUGGAGCACACACAGGUGAGUCCCAGGACGAUCGGGGCUCUGGUCCUUCACAGGUUAACUUAGGAGGCGGGGGACAUAGAGGCCACAACUGUGUGGCAGAUAGUCCCCAAUUUGUUGAGAUCACAGUUGACAAAGAAAGUGAGGAUACGCGAAGGGUCCCACUUGUACGUAGAGAUUCUUAUUCCCGGCAUGCUCCUUGGGGAGGUAAGAAGAAACACUCUUGCUCCACUAAGACACAGAGCUCACUGGAAGCAGACAGGCGGACUGGACGUUCGAGAGGCGGUUUGAGCAGGCGGGAACGUUGCUAUGGGUCCAGCUCCAUUCAGGAAGUGGGUGAUACUGGAGGAGGGGUCAGUGGGCAGAGUUUAAGCGUUCGCUCUGUACGGCAGAGGCUAAAGGACACUGUAGGCUUAUGCUUGCCCCUGCCAUCUCCCCGCCGCCCUCGGUCGGCCAAGAGCCUGGUUUCCUCUAAGCGCAAGAUCCACAUAACAGAGCUGAUGCUGGAAACUUGCCCGUUCCCACCGGGCUCCGAUCUGGCCAACAAGUGGCAUCUCAUCAAGCAGCACACAGCACCAGUCAGCCCGCAUUCCUCCACUGCAAUGCUGGACGCUUUUGACUCAACACAUCCCUCUCCAGAGGAUGAGGAGGAGAGGCUCCGUGAACGACGUAGAUUAAGUAUAGAGGAAGGUGUUGACCCUCCUCCAAAUGCAAGGAUUCACACACUGGAGGCCACAUCACAGAGAGCUACACUUUACAAACUGGGACCAAAGAUGGCCCCCUGUUCUGGAGAAGGACAUGGGGAGGUCAAAAGUUCGGGGGCUGGAACAGUGGGUUUGUCCGGGAUAAUGGCCCAAGUUGGGGUGACCAUGGCAGCGCAAUCUCAACCUGUUGACUGUGACUCAGAGGAGGACUCGACCACUCUGUGUCUACAGGCACGGAGGCCUAAGCAAAGACAUGCCUCUGGAGAUGGACAUUCCUCCAGGCAGCCAGGACCCUGGAAGGUUCACACACAGAUUGAUUUUAUCCAUUGCUUGGUGCCUGAUCUACUGGCCAUCACAGCACUUCCCUGCUAUUGGGGAGUGAUGGAUCGCUACCAGGCAGAGGCACUGUUGGAUGGCCGACCAGAGGGCACCUUUCUACUACGUGACUCUGCCCAGGAGGACUAUUUAUUUUCUGUCAGUUUCCGCCGAUACAAUCGUUCUUUGCAUGCACGCAUUGAACAGUGGAACCACAAUUUUAGCUUCGAUGCGCACGACCCCUGUGUCUUCCAUUCCUCAACAGUCACAGGUUUGUUGGAGCACUACAAAGACCCAAGCGCCUGUAUGUUUUUUGAGCCAUUGCUCACCGUCCCCCUACACAGGACUUUUCCAUUCAGCCUGCAGCAUCUGGCGCGUGCUGCCAUCUGCAAUCAGACCACCUAUGAUGGCAUUGGUGCCCUACCACUGCCACCAGCUAUGCAGGAUUUCCUCAAGGAGUAUCACUAUAAACAGAAAGUACGUGUUCGCUGGCUAGAAAGAGAACCACCUUUCAAGGUCAAAUAGGCCCUGGCUCUAUGGCUGAUGGAGGCAGGACCAAUGAAGGCAAGAGAUUCUGCCAAUAGUGUUGGAUCAGAUCAACACCAGGCUUUAGGCAUAUGGCAUAUAUUCAUUUUUUUAUAGUAAAUACUUGGAAUACAUGGUUGGUAAUAAUCAGUAUGUGCUAUCUGACAAGCAUGUUUAUUUGUUGAUCAGGAAUGAACUGAAAUGGUUUAUUCCUCACUGCUCAGUCUCAGUGAUGAUAGCUAACGGAUAUGCUUCAGCCUGCCUACUAAAAUGUCUGCAUACCGCUGCAUUCUCUCACCCAUUUUACCUUAUAUCAUCCCAGGACAAUUACUAUGAAAAUGGAAAACAACCUAGACAAAUGCUAAAAUAUAUCUAAAAAGUGUGCUAACUCAUAAAUUUACAUUCCUUUAAACUGAUAUUUAGACAUAUAGAACAAGAUUCAUUACAUUAAUCAUGGCUAAUUUACCAGCAACAAAUUAAAAUUACUAUUAACCAUAUCUUCUAGACAGUCAGAAGAGGGGGAAAUUACCAGUAAGAAAUAUUUCCUGUUAUCCACCAGCUACACAGAGAGGACUUAGAAAUACACAGAUAUGUGUGAUGUGCUGUAUAAUAGAGACUGCACUGUCAACUCUCAGCACAAUCAUCAUAUAAAAUAGCCUGUUGCUGUGUUUCUUUUUGUGAGUGAGAAACAAACAGGCACCUUGACUUUUGAGCAGUAAAUGUUUAAAUUGAACACAUGCAGUAUCAGAUCAUGAGUGUUAUUACUUCAACCCUACAUGGGUUCAUAAGUGUCUGUCACUGUCUGCUCCAAAACUGUAAACUGCUGGUCUGUUUUUAACACUGAUCUACGUUGUCUAGUUAGUCCUUUUUUAAAAUUGUUAAAUUUGCCUGUGGUUUUAUGGGGAAGAAAUAGGUUAUAUUUGAGGCGUGUACCUUCACCUCACUAUGACUGUCUUCACUAUAGACACAGCAUAUAAAGAUGCCAUUUGUACACUUGUUAUUAGUAUUGAUGGCCUGUUUUCUUACCAUUUGUGGUUAGUUCCACUUACAUUGCACUUUUACCCAUUGUGGAGCAUAUUACUUCGGUAUGCUUCCUGUCAUUUCUGUGUGCACUAAAGAGUGAGUUUCAUUUAACACUGUAACAAAUUAUGGCUUAGCCAACUCUUUUAAUCAUAUAGCCUAAGGGCGCUUUCACAACUAAUAGUCCGUUUGCUGAGUCCAAAUUAGAGUGAAUUUGAUAUUUUUGGGUUGGUUUCACAAUGCACAUAAAUUAAAUGAACCAAAAAGCAAAAACACUUUGGCUGAGGAGUGUGUAUGUCUGAAAAGUUACUUGUAAUACUCUUUCAUUCAUUGAUCAGAAAUACGCAAGUGCAUGUACAAAUCGCAAAAUUCACUUGAGCACGGAGAACAUGGAGCCGGAGUUAAAUAAACAAUUAGUUAAUUAUAUAAAUAAAGUUUUGUCUAUGACAUCCAGCAUUAGCAGCUUGCAUCUGCAAAAAAAAAAUGUUACCUGCAACCCAUAAUACACAGUAUGUUUGGUUUUCUUCCUGCAGUCGGGUCAAUUCAGGGUUUCUCACUGCAAUGAAACCGUGCUAGAGUUCACUGCAAACGGACUGAGACUGCCUCAUCACACGGUCUCGGACAGGUUGUUCUGGUCCAAACCUGAGUGUGAUUGCUGUGGUCUCACUCUCACUGCCUAAAUGAACCUCACAGAGGGGGAAAAUACACCAGUGCUCGAUUGAAACAGACUAAAUGCUGCAUUACGUGAAAGCAUCCUUAGAUUAAAUCAUUGGAAACGAUGAUGAAUAUUUUUGAUAUGACAAAUAAAGGCCAACAUAAAAUCAAGUAUUCAGUUUAAAUCGUAAGAGUUACUACUAUAUUAAAAUGGAAAGCUGCUCAGGUCAACUCAGAGUUUAUCUUAUGCAUAAUACUAUGCUACAAGAGAAGUGAUUGUUUUAAUGUUUGUGUUUUUGAGGAUCAUCAACCAAAGGUGUGUUUGUGAGGUUUAUCUGUAUUUGAGAGGUUUCCAUCACAUCUUUUUUUAACAUUUUAACCAAUGCAACGUUUCAAAACUGGGUAAAUGUGUUGUGAGCAAUAUGCUUUUCUUGUCUCCAGGAACCUGAUUGAUGGAUUAAAAAAACAGGAUAUAAGGCCUUUAUAUCCUCCCUAUUUACACUUUCAAUGACUGACUGCAGUGACUCCACAAAAAAAAUCUGUUACAGUUUUGUUCUGUGUGCUAAACAUUAGCAGGGCUGUAAUUUAAUAAGGUGUUGAUGUGUUGCAAGUUAGUCCCUAAAUUCUUAAUGACAACCUGUGCCUUAUUCCUCCCAUCUCCUGCUUUCACACUCAGGUUUUGUACUUUAGAACGAUGUGGCCUGCUCACACAUACACAUGGGUCUUUCUGUGCUACCACUCAGCAAAUGAGCCUCUCCUGGCAGAGUUACACCCUGCCCUGCCCUCCAGGCACUAAUCACAGGCUAAAUUUACUAACCUAGCCUCUAAAUUUACCACCUGCUAAAAGGACCAGUCUGUGUUUCUUGAUGGGCUCUGUGAAAAUAUAGAGUAGAGGGACUUUUUUUCCUUCCUCCCCAGUCCAACCACAUCCUCAGCAUCACCUUCAUUUCGGAUAUGUCGAGCUGAAAGCAGAAAUGCUGUUGUUUGUGUAGUCUGCCUGGCUUCCACACUGUUUGGGCGCUAUGCUAAAGUUAGCAUUAGCAAGAGGCUAACACAGGGCUCCAUUGAAACAUUUUGAGCACCCUGUUGUCUUGCUGUCAGGAGCAAGGUGGAGUUAAAAACCUCAAUUAGCCAUUAUUUGGUUAAGGGUUGAGAUGGUAUUUUUAAUGGCCAGUGGCCAUUGUAUAUUUGGUUCACUCCUUGUCUUCAUGCAUUGUUAGCUGAUUUUGAAAUAGUCUAAGAUGGUGAGCCAUGGCAACAAGGAAUAAAGCUUUUUUUUUUUAAGUCACUUUUAAAGUGUGCCUCGUAAUUAUGAUCUAAAACUGUGGGGUUUUCUUUGUCAAGUGAUGCAUAUAAUCUGAAAAAAGCAGCUUCUCUGUAUUGGGGAAACCGUUCACUUUGUUCCCUAUGGGAAAUUUGCACGUGUCAGACAUAGCAGUGCCACAUGUUGCCCAUAUGAACUGUAAAGCAGGCUCUGUGCCAUAAUUACAGAAAAAUAAGGGACGUUGGCUCUUUGCUUUGUUCACAGACAUGCCUAUAUAAUGUUCUAUUUUGCCCUAUAAAGUGAGGUCUCAAUGUGUUUUUUGGUAAGAGAUUUAAAGAUUUAUCAAGAAGUAUAAAUUUUAUGAUUGACUAUGAACCUUCAGUCCUAUGUAGAGGAGGAGCAUGGUCUCUAGAAAGUCUCAGCCAACCUUUACCUUUGAUCUUAGAUUAACUUUAGCUUGGCUUUAUAUAUAUGUGCUAAGCUCUGACCUUACAGACUUUGGAUUUGUACUCUUAGAAUUAGUGUCAAGAGCGUUGUGUAAUAUUUUUAUGCAAACACAUUAACAAGAUAAUUAUGUUUACAUAAUACUUCUCCCUAAUAUGCAAUGAGUGUGAUGUAACCGUGGUUCACUGUAGUGUCACUUUAAUGCUCUACAUGCACAUUUGUUGCUGUAUGAAUGCAGGCGACAUGCUGACAGGGCUUGACAAUGAUGGGCGCUAAUGGUUGUCGUUGUGCAUCACAGAAUUCUUUAUAUGCCCUGACCAAUCACAAUAUCCGUAUCAAAAGACACAGGCUGGAAGAGCUCUCAUCAGACAAACAUAGACUAACUCUAAUUAUAAUCCUCCCUUUCUUUUGUUCUUUCUUUCUAUCAGCUGGAUAAAAUUGGAGUGUUUCAAUGAUGAAGUGUCUGUGUCUGACCUUUUUUGCUUUCCACAUUCAUGCUUUUGUCUUUUGCAUAAUUUCAGUUUUUAAAAGCCAAUGAAUACAAUGCUUGUAGUUGUCAUUAUUGGUGCUUCGCGAAUGCUUCAUUGUCUUAAUAUUACCAAUAAAAUCAUCAAGUGUAUUCCA